UGUAGGGAAGAUGCCAUACCUGAGCGGAGAGGACACGGUGAAGGAGCUGAGGAGAGCUCUGUCCAACCCCAACGUCCAGUCUGACCCUCUGAGAUACAGGAACACCAUCACCAAAGUCAUACGGGCCAUGUCCCAGGGCGUGGAUGUAUCUGCUCUGUUUCCUGAGAUGGUGAAAGCGUGUGCGACAGUAGAUAUUGUCCAGAAGAAACUCGUCUAUGUCUUUUUAUGUUCCUACGCGUCACUGAACCCUGACCUGUCUCUGCUCGUCAUAAACACACUACGAAAAGACUGUCAAGAUGCCAACCCUAUGGUCCGAAGCCUUGCCCUCCGAAACAUGACCAACCUCAGGUUGCCAGGUCUGGUGGAGUACGUUGAGCAGCCGCUCUCGUCUGGGCUCAGGGACAGAGCGGCCUGUGUGAGGAGAGUGGCUGUGCUGGGCUGGGCCAAACUGCACAACCUCCAACCAGAGACAGAGACGGAUGCGGCGGUGGUGAACGAGCUGUACAGUCUGCUGCGUGACCCUGACCCCAUUGUCAUGGUGAACUGUCUCAGAGCUCUGGAGGAGGUGCUAAAGGAGGAGGGGGGUGUGGCCAUCAACAAGGCCAUCGCACACCACCUGCUCAACAGGUUAAAGGAGUGUGACGUUUGGGCUCAGUCUGACAUCCUGAGAAUCCUGGAGCGAUACUGUCCGCAGACAGAGGGGGAGCUGUUUGAUAUCCUGUCUUUGCUCGACUCCUGCCUGAUCUGCGUUGCUCCCCCCGUCAUGGCUGCCACACUCCGCCUUUUCCUCUGCCUCUGCUCCUCGCUCCCGGCGGUCUGUCAUUCGGCCCUUGAGCGAGCGUGUGGCCCCCUGCUGACCGCCUGUGGGAGCUCCAGCCGUGAGAUGAGGUUCAGCGCUCUGGCACAUAUACAGUUGCUGUUGCAGAGUGAGCCCAGCCUCUUGGGGGCGCACUACAAACGUUUCUUCUGUGGCUACGCUGAACCCGCUUUCAUCAAGCAGAGGAAAAUGCAGGUUCUGGUGGAGUUGGUGAACGAUGAAAAUGUUUCGAUGCUUUUGGAUGAACUUAAAGGUUACUGCACCGACGUGAACCCGGAAACCGCCCAGGCCGCCAUAUCUGCUAUAGGGCGCAUUGCAAGAAGCUACAGCGACAAAUGUUUGGAAAUCCUCACUGGACUCCUCGGACUGAAGCAGGAACACAUCACCUCUGCUGUGGUUCAGACUCUUCGGGACCUGGUGUGGGCGUGUCCCCAGUGUUCUGACAUCGUGUGCACCACGAUCGAGGGCUGUGAGCAAAUAAUACAAGAUGCACAGGGCAGGCAGGCAUUGCUAUGGCUGCUGGGAGCACAUGGGGAGCGUGUGCCUUCGGCACCGUAUGCUUUGGAGGGUUUCAUCGAUGGUGUUCGUUUUGAAGGGAGUCUGUGUGUGAAGAUGGAGCUACUAUCGGCUGCUCUGCGUCUUUUCCUCUGUCGACCCGCAGAGAUGCAGGACAUGCUGGGGAGGCUGCUGCACUACUGUAUAGAAGAGGAGAGUGACAUGUGCGUGCGUGACCAUGCCCUGCUCUACUACCGCCUGCUGCAUUGUGGGAUUGAGGAGACGCGACGGUUCGUUCAGAUGAGGAGGUCUGACCCAGGGCUGGGCGUGCUGAUUGGGCGCCCCCAGCAGAGCAUCAACAGCUGGGCUCAAAGCUUCAACACUAUGCAGCCUCUGUGUGGAGCCACCACUACACCCGAUACAUCCACCAGAGGGAGCCCGGAACACACAAACUUUUACCCCAAGACUAACCUGAGCAAAGAGCUAAGAACAUGUCAGGUAGACAGCACUCCCACAGAUGGUUCUGGUCCGUGCUCAGGGUCUCUCAGUGGAGCUGUCACUCUAUCUCUGUCUCCAGCACUCAGCCCCAACGCCUUUCAGGACCUGUGGCUUCAGUUACAGAGUUUGCAAACAGACAAAGAUGCUCAGGACGUUAAAGAAGAGGACUUUUUUUGCCUGGAAACGCUGAUCCAAUGCUCUCUGAUUCCUGUGGACUCCCCUUACAGCCUCCAGGCGGCUCUGCAACUCGUCAACAUACAGACCAUGGCCUUCACUCCAACCAGCGCUAUCCCAUGGAAAUUUUACAUGUAUACUCACACGCAACCGGAAUGUUCUACCAAAACUGCCCAUGGCACUCUGAUUUUAGCCGAGCUGCUUUACUCAAAUGAAGCUCCAGAUGUGGAUGAAGCUCCAGAUGUGGAUGAAGUUUCACAAGACAAGACUUUUGCUGCCAAAGGGAUGGAGUUUGAGAAAAGCCGGGUUAAAGUUACAGUGAGGCAGAAGCCCAGAGACGAACCGGCUCUAAUGGGGUUUCUGUCUAUUCUGUCUACAGUGUUGAACACAGUGGCUUUACAAUGUGAAAACAGCCAACAAGGCAAAACACUGCUGUCAUAGAUGAGCUGAAAUGGUCUAAAUAUACACAGCUUGGCCAAAAAAAAAGCCGCCACAAAAACAAAAUGUCACACAUGCUAAUAUUUCGUUGGACCACCUUUAGCUUUGAUUACGGCACACAUUCGCUGUGCCAUUGUUUCGAUAAGCUUUUGCAAUGUGACAAGAUUUAUUUCCAUCCAGUGUUGCAUUAAUUCACCAUUCACCAAGAUCUUGCAUUGAUGAUGGUAGAGUCUGCGAAAAGCCUUCUCCAGCUAAUUCCCAAAGAUUUUCAGUGGGGUUUAAGGUCUGGACUCUGUGGUGGCCAAUCCAUGUCUGAAAAUGAUGUCUCAUGCUCCCUGAACCACUCUUUCACAAUUUGAGCCCGAUGAAUCCUGGCAUUGUCAUCUUGGAAUAUGUCCAUGCCAUCAGGGAAGAAAAAAUCCAUUGAUGGAAUAACCUGGUCAGUCAGUAUAUUCAGCUCACCUCAUUCUUUGAGCACAGACUGCUACUGAACCUAGACCUGACCAACUGCAGCAACCCCUACCUAUUUGCUUUGUUAAAUCUAGGUGGCAACUCUUUUUUGGUCAGGCAGUGUAUCAAAUGGGUGUAUUUAGUCCUGGUUUACUCUUGGGUUAGUCUUGCUUUAGCCCUGGCUUAGUCCUGAUUUAGUCCUGAUUUAGUCCUGGUCUCUGUCUGUUCUGUUCUCAGUAUUCAACAGUGUCUUUACAAUGUGAAACUAGUGAACAAGGCAAAACAUGAAAUUGCCCAAAUUUCAAAUACUUUGAAAUCAGACGUUUACAUACACUAUAUAAAAAUACACAUAUGCUUUUUCCCCACUGUUUGACAUGAAAUCAGACUAAACUUUUCCUGUUUUAGGUCGAUUAGGAUUACCAAAAUUAUUUCUCUGUGUAAUCCCUCAGUUGUCCAGGUCUGAUCCAUAGCAAAACAUCAAGUUAAAAUCUGUCAACUGGACAAAUUGUUGAAAGCGUAAAUCAGAAUGGGUCAGAUUGCUGGUGGCCACUGCCUUAAAUCUAUCCGAGGGGAGGGGCUAACUACACUGAAACUGUAAACAGCUAUUGUCUCCAGCUUCAGCUGAAACUACCCUAUUCAGCCCUUAACGACCCUGCUAUUGUUCUCAUUGUUCUGGGUCUGAGGAUGGAGUUGUAGAUGGGGGAGAGAUUAUGUCUCAGGCCCCCAUUUCUGUUUAAGGAAGGAUUCUCUUUCCUAAAAAAAAUAGCUUCUUUAACUCCUCUCUCAAACCAUUUAUUUUCUCUGGCUAAGAUCUGAACUUCACUAUCUUCAAAGGAGUGGUUAGUGGCUUUGAGAUGGAGAUGUACGGCGAACUGGGGUCCAGAGGAACUCUCCUGCCGGUGUUGGUACAUCCUCUUAUGGAGUGGCUGUUUAGUUUCUCCAAUGUAACGCUCACUGCACUCUUCACUACACUGAAUGGAGUAGACUACAUUACUUUGUUUAUGGCUUGGGGUUUUGUCCUUUUUUCUGGGUUCAGAUUAUGAACCCAGAAGAAAAGAUGUUACCAUUCCUUAAACAGCGGGUGUGUUUGUGAUGUCUUUGUGACCCGGAUUGCAUUUCCAAUCAUUUGCAUGAGGUUAAAUCUGUGAGUGAUUACUUUUAGUUUUCUUCUGCCAUGUUUAUCUAGCCAAUUAAUAUUAAAAUCCCCAUAAAGAGGACGUUUCCAUUACACUUUUUCAGAAUCUCAGUAAGAUGAUCAUAAAAUACAUCAUGGGUUGAAGGGGGCCUGUACAGUACAAUGACAGCAAAUGACAACUGCAACUGACAGUCGAUUAGUCGCUCCCACACAUUCCAGAGAAUCUCCGACUGCUUCAAACUGUCCUUACUGAACAUCAUUACUACUCCUCCUUUGCCAUGUUCACAUAACGUCUGUAGAUAUUAUAGCUGGGGACAUGGCUGCAACCCUCAACAACAAAUACUGCUAUCCAAGUCUCAGAAAUGAUAAAAAGUCAAAAUCAACUUCAACUUGUUCAGCCUUAGGCACAACACUUCUUAUAUUUGGUGCCCCCCAAAACACCUUUUGGUUUAACUUUUGGAUCCCAUAGUACUUUGGCAUGGUUUGCAGUCUGAAAUAGUCUGUAUUUUUGUUGCUUAACAGGAGCAGCAGCAGAUGUUGGGUCACGUGAUGUAAAAACAUUCCCUACAUCGCUUUUCUGUUUAUUUACACUGUGUUUUAUGGUCUCCAGAAGUAUAUCUGUGCUUGAUCAGGGCAGCACACGUCCAGCUUUAGCACAUGGAAAGACCACGGUGUUGUAUCCUCCACACCGCCGCUCACAGUUGCUGACAAUCAAGUUAUCAAUCCGUGUGUUUGUGCUGAAUGUUCAUGUGGGUAACUCACUGCGUCCGUGGCUGUAGCACGUUCAGAUGGAGGUGAAACGCCGCCAGCUCCGGUUAGCUCUGCCCCGACAGGUCCUGGGUGAACAUGCAGUAACAGUAGAGCGCACAGCAAAGACGGAACGGCUGAUCCUUGGUGCCUCUUAUCAAACGGGAGUUUGUACUCCCACGCAAAA